UUGGGAUUGGAUUGGAAUCGAAAACUCUGUGUUGUACUCCUGAUCAAUGGGAAGGACGCCUGUAUAUAGACGAUGCACAGAUAGUUUACUACAUACAUAUGAAUGGUUCUGCGGUAGUUGCCUACGAUUUCACUAACUCUAGGGCCUUUAUAAAUGCAACUGUUGUCCAAAAGAGCCUCGUAUUGAAACCAGAAUUACAACGUUAUUCCGUACUAUAUAUCGAAGACUACAAAAAUAAUGUCGAAUAUGAAGUAGACGACGGAAAGAAUUGUCAGAAAGCAUGGAUGGAUUUUAAUAUGACUAAACAGUGUGUCCAAGGGGAAGCAAAGCUGUUACAGAGUGGACUUGUUGGAGAUGGGACUAUUAUCGACACAUAUAAUACGACUUUAGGUGAUUCAUACCAGAACAUACGGGCAACAAUAGAGAGAGGUAGCUGUCUACCUGUGCAUUUAGUUUACAUAGAUUCAGAUUAUGGCUCUGUAACAGGUGUUGAUGUUUAUGGUAUUACGCCGGGUAUUAAAGACACAAAGAUUUUUGACAUACCGCCUCAAUGUAAAAAAGUUAGUCCCAUAUACAGAAAGAAUCAGGACGAUAAGAAUGAUCUGAAAUCAAGAAUACGGAAGAUAGUUAAGAAAUUUAUGUCUGGCAGAAGAAAUCCUUGACAUUUUCAUUUGACAAAUUAUGUUUUAUAAUUGUACUAUGUACAUAUAUCAUUUUAAAUUAUAUACAAAUCAAUUACCAUGUUUAUCCAUUAAAUCGAAAUGCAAGAAA